UUCCCCGGAACACCACCGCUCCCGACUCAACACAAGUGCCCCCGGCCCAAGGGAGCGAAGGGACCCGCUUGGCCAUGGAAAGUGCCCUGACUGCCCGUGACCGUGUCGGGGUGCAGGACUUUGUCCUGCUGGAGAACUACACCAGCGAGGCAGCCUUCAUCGAGAACCUGCGCAAACGCUUCAAGGAAAAUCUGAUCUAUACGUACAUCAGUUCAGUGCUGGUCUCGGUGAAUCCGUACAAGGAGCUGGAAAUCUACACAAAACAGCACAUGGAAAGAUACCGAGGAGUCAAUUUCUAUGAAGUCUCGCCUCACAUUUAUGCCAUCGCUGACAAUUCCUACCGGUCAAUGAGAUCUGAGAAGAAGGACCAGUGUAUCCUCAUCUCUGGAGAGAGCGGAGCUGGCAAAACUGAGGCCUCCAAGAAGAUCCUUCAGUACUAUGCUGUGACUUGCCCCGCCAGUGGCAGGGUGGAGUCGGUGAAGGACAGGCUACUCCAAUCUAACCCGGUGCUGGAGGCGUUCGGAAAUGCUAAGACCCUACGUAAUGACAACUCCAGUCGCUUUGGCAAAUACAUGGACAUUCAGUUUGACUUUAGGGGAGCGCCUGUAGGAGGCCACAUCCUCAAUUAUCUGUUGGAGAAAUCCCGAGUGGUCCACCAAAAUCACGGAGAGAGGAACUUUCACAUAUUUUACCAGCUGAUUGAAGGGGGAGAUGAUGAACUGCUGAGGAGGCUGGGCUUGGAACGCAACCCCCAGAGCUACCAGUAUCUCGUCAAAGGCCAGUGUGCAAAAGUUAGCUCGAUCAACGACAAGAAUGACUGGAAAACCGUGCGGAAAGCACUGUCUAUCAUCGAUUUCAGCGACAGGGACGUGGAGGAACUGCUAAACAUAAUUGCCAGUGUCCUGCACCUGGGAAAUGUCCAGUGCUUAGAAGAUGACAACGGAAAUGCUACCAUUAAUGGAGAAAACCAGGUCAAACUGCUGUCCAGGCUACUGGAGGUGUCAGCUACUGUCCUACGUGAGUCACUGACUCACAAGAAAAUUAUUGCCAAGGGAGAAGAGCUCAUCAGCCCUCUGAAACUUGAGCAGGCAGCCUACGCCCGGGAUGCUGUGGCAAAGGCCAUCUAUGGCCGCACGUUCUCCUGGCUCGUCAACAAGAUCAAUACGUCUCUUGCGCACAAGGACUCCACGUAUUCUGACCGGAUUAAACCCGCAGUGAUCGGACUCCUGGAUAUUUAUGGGUUUGAGGUCUUUCAACACAACAGCUUCGAACAGUUCUGCAUCAACUACUGCAACGAGAAGCUGCAGCAACUCUUCAUUGAGCUGACACUCAAGUCUGAGCAGGAGGAGUACGAAUCCGAAGGAAUAGCGUGGGAACCUGUUCAAUAUUUCGACAACAAGAUUAUCUGUGACCUGGUGGAGGAGAAACACAAAGGGAUCAUCUCCAUUUUGGAUGAGGAAUGUUUGCGCCCGGGAGAUGCGACUGAUUUAACCUUCCUUGAAAAGCUGGAGGAGACAGUUGGCAAACAUCCCCACUUUGUCACACAUAAAUUGGGUGAUCAGAAAACCAGGAAGACUUUGGCUCGGGAGGAAUUUCGACUGCUACACUAUGCAGGAGAGGUGAACUAUAACGUGACUGGCUUCCUGGACAAAAACAAUGACCUGCUCUUCAGGAAUCUGAAAGAGGUUAUGUGCGAUUCUGGGAAUAGCAUCUUAAACCAGUGCUUUGAGAGGAGUGAACUCGAUGACAGGAAGAGACCAGAAACGGCAGCCACUCAGUUUAAGGCAAGUCUUGCGAAACUGAUGGAGAUUCUGAUGUCUAAAGAUCCUUCUUAUGUCCGCUGCAUUAAACCAAAUGAUUCGAAGCAAACCGGGAAGUUUGAUGAAGUCCUAAUAAGACAUCAAGUGAAAUACCUGGGACUAAUGGAAAAUCUCCGAGUAAGGAGAGCUGGCUUUGCAUAUCGGAGGAAAUUUGAAAUCUUCCUGCAGAGGUACAAAUCUUUGUGCCCAGAGACCUGGCCGAAUUGGAAAGGUCGUCCUUCUGAUGGGAUAGCGACUCUGGUAAAGCACCUUGGAUAUAAACCGGAGGAGUACAAACUGGGCAGGACGAAGAUUUUUAUCCGCUUUCCCAAGACUCUCUUUGCCACUGAAGAUGCCUUUGAACUGCAGAAACAUACUAUAGCCACGAAGAUUGAGACAGUUUGGCGGGGUUUCCAUCAGCGACAGAAAUUCCUGAAGCAGAAAGGAGCGGCCAUCAGCGUUCAGUCGUGGUGGAGGGGGAUUCUCGGUCGCAGAAAAGCUGCUCGCAAAAGACACGCAGCCAACGUCAUACGCAGGUUCGUAAAGGGUUUUAUUUAUCGGCAUAAACCCCGCUGUCCUGAGAACGAAUAUUUUCUGGAUUACGUGAGAUUCUCAUUCCUCAUGAAACUGAAACGAAACCUGCCAAAGAACGUUCUCGACAAAUCGUGGCCUGUACCUCCCCCAGCGCUCUCAGAGGCCUCGGAGCAGUUGAGACACUUACACAUGCAAAAUAUGGUCCAGACUUACUGCAAGAAGAUCACUCUGGAAUGGAAGCAACAGCUGGAGCAGAAGGUUGUAGCCAGCGAACUGUUCAAGGAUAAGAAAGACAACUAUCCUCAAAGUGUACCCAAACUCUUUGUCGCCUCCAGGAUAACAUCCAACGAAAUCAACCCCAAGGUGCUGCAGGUUAUAGAGGUCGAUAAAAUCCAGUACGCCGUGCCCGUCACAAAGUACGACAGGAAGGGCUACAGGGCUAGAACGCGGCAGUUGGUCAUUGCACAGAGCAGUGCCUUCAUUGUGGAAGAAGCCAAACUUAAACAGAGGAUCGACUACAACAACUUAAGAGGAAUAUCUGUCAGUUCGCUGAGCGAUGGACUGUUUGUUCUUCAUGUUCCCUGUGAAGACAACAAGCAAAAGGGUGAUGUUGUGCUGCAGAGUGAUCACGUGAUUGAGACACUAACCAAACUAGCCAUGACCGCAGACAAAGUCAACAACAUUAACAUCAUCCAGGGAAGCAUAAAGUUCACAGUUGGACAGGGCAAAGAAGGAAUAAUCGAUUUCACAUCCGGGUCAGAACUGAUCAUAUCCAAAGCAAAGAAUGGUCACCUGUCAGUGGUGGCACCUCGCCUCAACUCCAGAUGAUGCUUAAGUCAUGGACCAAAACUGCCUGUUGUACAGAGGGAUCACUUGAAUCAAUGCACGAAUAAAUAACAGAAAAUCAAGCUCAAGAGUUUACUGGUGAGGAAUUCAAUUCCUCCGCCUUACCCCAAUCUUUUAACCUCCCUUUACUCUCUUUGACGAACUGCCAAAGGCCUAUGCUUCCAAGCCGGGAUAAGAAAAAAAUUCCUCCAGAUUAUACUUUAAUUAUACAUUUUUAAAAAAAUAAAAAUAGCUAUUAUUAUUAUUGUUAUUAUCAGACUCACUAAAUUGAUUCACACUGCACAGCAUCCGUGCGUAAAUGUGUGAUACGUAAAGCAAUACAGAACAGGGUAAAUUCUAUAUGGAAAUGUGAUCCCUUCUGAUCCCAGUUUGCCAUCGCAGAAGGUGUUCACGACUGGUUUUGCCUUGUACACCGCUUGCCAGUUCAUUGAUUUUAUAAGAUUGUUCGAUGGAGAAGCUUUGUUUGAUAUUUUAGUUUAUCAUUGAACGAUGAAAAGCCAUGAAGAAUCAAGGAUGAUUAUUUUUUUGUCUUCCCCUGUAUAUAACCUGUAAUAACUAAUAAAUCUUGUACAACACA